AUGGGUAGCCAAGUCUCAGACUCUCUUACCAUCCACCUUCCCCAGGGUAAGCUCGUCGGCGUCCAGCUGAACGACACCCUGCCCCAGCCAGUAGAUGCAUGGCUCGGCGUCCCCUAUGCUCUCCCACCAACAGGCGACCGACGUUUCCGCGCCCCUGCCAAAGUCCCAUCCUCACCUGACACCAUUAUUGACGCCUCCAAGUAUGGCCCUGCAGGACCCGGCAAGGCGCUCCUCCCAGGACCCAAGCUCGAUCAGAGCGAGGAUUGUCUAACAGCGAACAUCUUUCGAAAGGCAGACGGUAAACAUGAGAAGUUACCCGUUGCACUCUAUAUCCAUGGUGGUGCCUUCAACAGAGGUUCGGCGAUGAUGCACAAGACAGCAUCUAUGGUGGCGAAUGCUCCGGAUGCGUUUAUUGCCGUAAGCUUCAAUUAUCGUAUCGGAGCGCUGGGAUUCUUGCCUUCAGGCCUGAGUGCGAAAGAGGGUGCUCUGAAUCUGGGGUUGAAGGAUCAGAUCCUUAUGAUGGAGUGGGUGAGAGAUAAUAUUGAGGCUUUUGGUGGUGACCCUAACAAUGUCACACUGUUUGGUCUUUCAGCUGGUGCUCAUUCGAUUGGCCACCAUAUCAUGCACUACAAGGAGGGUGUUGCACCUCUUUUCCACAAAGCCAUCAUUGAGUCAGGAGCUCCCACAUCACGAGCUGUGAGACCCUACGAUGCGCCCAUUCACGAAGCCCAGUUCAAGGACUUUCUUCGUGAAGCUGGCGUCCCAGAGGACCUCCCAGAAAAUGAGAUCUUUUCUUUCCUUCGCAAGCAACCCGAGAAGGUCAUCACCGAUGCUCAGACCGUCACCUUUGACAAAUACAAUCCUUCUCUCCGCUGGGCCUUUCAACCUGUUAUCGACGGUGAGAUUAUCGCUCGUCCACCUCUUGAGACAUGGAAGCAGGGCAAGUGGCACAAGGUUCCUAUCAUGACCGGUUUCACCACCAAUGAGGGUUCACUCUAUGUUGACAAGACCAUGUCUAAGUCGUCUCAAUUCAGACACUUCUGGGCGGAGCUACUACCCUUGCUUACCUCGGAAGACCUCGAUACCAUUGAAGAGCUAUACAGAGAUCCUGCGAAGUUCGAAGACUCGGAGUAUAAAGAGACAAGGAAAGACAUGGGUUCUCAGUACAAACGCAUAGAAGCUUCAUAUGCUCACUACGCCUACGUCGCUCCUGCACGUCAAACAGCCGAAUUGGCAUCCCCAUCCGUCCCCGUAUAUCUGUAUCACUGGGCCGCUGUCAGUACCGUCAACAACGGUGCUCAGCAUGCCGAUAACAUGCGCUAUGAAGUUUGCGAUCCCAAGGUUGUGGAAGUGUCGCAAACUCAAAACGAUCUGGCCAAGACGUUGAACCAUUACGUUACCAGCUUCAUCACGAAGGGUGAUCCUAACGCUAUUGCGGGCGAGUAUCCGGAUAGACCGAAGUGGGGCGUAUAUGAUAAGAAGGAUCCCAAGGUUUUGAGAUUCGGUGAUGGGAAUGAGGAGUUGAUUGGUGGUGAUGCGGGCAAGACUGCUGUAUUUGAUAGUGAUGAAUGGGGUAGGAAGCAGUCUGAGUUUUGGUGGAGUAAGGUUGAUAUCUCGCAGCAAUAA